GCCGAAGGAUGGGAUGCUGAUGACUCGCGAUUUGUAUUCCUGGCUUUACUCCCACGAGUCGGGGGUCGCCAUCAUGAAGUGCAUGGAGUGUGGUACACAGUUCCUGAACCAGGAGUUUUGGCCAAGCCAGACCCUCAUGCAAGAAGGCCUCAUCUGUGGGGUCAGCACGGUCGAGGGAAUUUCCGCCGUCAGUCUGUCGCUUGCCGAGGUUGAAAUUGCAUAUGUUGUUGGAUCGCUUUCUGUCUGUCCACCUCUUGUUGCCAGAAGAUGUGCAGCUGGUGCUGUUGUUGUUGUAACACCUGUUGUUGGUCGCAACACAGUUGUUGAUGUCAUUGCUGGUGCAGGUGAUCCAAAAGUUGUUGUAGCUGCAUCAUUCUGUCUCGGUGCUGCUGGUGCUGGUAUUGCGCUAGCUGUGCUUGUAGCAGCAGGCGAAGUUGGGCCUCACAUUCUGUCCUUUGUAGGAUGUGUAGUUGAUGUUGCUGUUGCUGGACCUGUAUCUGCGUUUGUUGUUGCAGGAGUUGCAGGUGCAACUGUUGUUGCUGCAGGAUCUCCUGAUGUUGGCUUUGUUGCCAUUGUGCAUGAUGCAGCAGCAGUUCCUCCCGAGGCUGUUGCUGCUGUUGCUGGAGACGCGCUUGCUGCUGUGCGUACAGCGGGAGCUCUUGUGCAACUUGGACCUGGGGGAGGUGCUCCUGGCUGGGCCUACAAUGGCUAUCGAGAAGGCACGCCGACGAGAUCAAGUCAUGUUGUUGUUGUAGUUGUUGUUCGGAUGGGUAUUGCUCUUGCUCGCUUUGCAUGAGGUCCAGCUGUUGGUAUUGUUCUUGGCUGUUGACCAUUGACCCUCCGCCUAGCAGAG